AUGGAGAUUGACCAAACCAGAGCCCGCAGCAGUGUUUGUUGCACCUGCUUCCAAUGCGGCAGCCCAGGACACCUGGCCCGGGACUGCCUGACCCCAGCCAAUGUCCUGGAUGAAGUGAUCAAUCAGCUGGGAAGCAACCUAUUGGCAGAAUUAGUAGCUCGGCUAGCAACUACGGCGGCCAUAGAAGAACAUGAAGCGGAGAUUGCCGACAAGUUGGAGCAGGGUUUUCUCCCCCGCGACAAGUGA